UUUUGUAGCACGCCGUUGAUGAUUGAUUCAGGCUUUCGUAUAUCAUUGUACAAGACGGUCAUAAAAAUAGUUGUGUUUGUUACUAAUUGUGUUGUUGGUGGACGAUGAAGUUAGGUAUCGGUUCGGAUUUGUUAAGCGAUGUAACAAGGACAAUCAGCGGGAGGAGCUGGGAGAGACCAUGGGUGGGGACAGCGAUGGGGGGUCAGUAUGGCUGUGUCCUUUGUGUCAACAAGGUCAAUUAGAUCGGGAUGGUCUUGCAUUGCACCUGGCCGAAAAACACAGCGUGCUUCCUGCCUGCCUUGAUAAGCUGCUGGACAUUGCGGCUCCCAAGCACUGUUCCGUUGAUGAAGACGGAGAGUCUGGUACACAAAAUGAUAUCAAUGGCACAUCACAGCAGCAGUGUUCGGAAAAUUCACCUUCAGUGGAGUCUCAGAAUGAAGCUAUGACUAGUGUAGCUGACCAUGAUAGUUCCUCCCAGGAAAAAGAAUUGUGUGAUGAAUUGGGAGGAGUGGGAAAUGAGAGUGACUGGAGUAAUAUGGAUUCAAAUCAGGAUAAUGUUACACAACCUGAAAGAUCAGAAGCCUCUGUCAGUGAUGAUAAAUCCAACGAUAAAAGCAAUGCUGCUGUUGAGGAUGUUAACCACCCUUUCAAGUGUCACGCAUGUUUGGAAUUCUUUCCCACUAGAUCAGCAUUGAGUGUACAUUAUAAUUCAGCCACCCAUAUCCAAAGGAUGAGAACAGGAACAGGAAACGACAGUGAUUCCUCAACCCCUGUUCCUGCUCGUCCUUACGUCUCUAACAAACCGUACCAGUGUGCAGUGUGUCGUGUCUCUUAUAAUCAUGCCAUCACCUUGGAAAGUCAUUUAAAAUCCGUAUUGCAUCAGAGUCGUAGCAGGAAUGCUGGAAAUGCUGCAACUAAUUCCACAACAAAUGCAGGAAAUGUAAAUGUAGCAGCAAACGUGGCAGCCACUACUGUGGCCAAUACCACGCAGUUGGCUUUUGUUACAAACAGUAAUUGUGUCACCCAAGCAAGUUUGACUGCAUCCCAAGCGAUAACCAAAGAUGAAGAACAGGUUAAGCCUCAGUCUGCACCCUCAUUGCUUUCUUCCCCAGUGGCCUCAGCUCAGGCAGUAUCAGCUUUUCUUACUCUCUUGACCUCUAGCCCAAACUCUGCCCAACACUCCAUCCUCCCUUCUCUCUUUGCUGCUGGAACAGGUACUGCAACAGGAACAGCAACUCCUCAGCUAAUAACCCAGCCUCAAAUGCUUAUGCCUCUUAUCUUGAAUGGACUCCAGCCUCAGAGUCCAUCCUCAGAAUCCCCCAAACAACUUUUGCAACUUGGUCUCAGCGCAGCACAGCAGGCUCUCUUGGCCCAAGGACUUAGUGGAUUGCAAAGUCAAUGGGCUGCUGUUAGACUCUCCAAUGCAUCUCAGAUACCUUCAGAAGAGAAUGGCCGUAGUGCUGAUAAGGAAGCAGGCACAAAAGUGAAAAAUGAGGAACCACAACAGGAGUCCAGUGAUCAACAAGUGCCACAGACCUCUGAAGAAACCUGGAACACAGUUGAUGGUUCUGUGAAAAGCGUUGGUAUUAAGGUAGAGGUUAAACAAGAGUGCAACAGCUUAAAACAUGAGAAUAAAGGUGUUGAUGAUGGCAUGACAUGCAAUGCCAAGAAGCAGGAGAAAGAUGCUACGGAUAUGGAAAGCAUAGCUGAAGAGGGGGGUCUGGGAACAAAUGCAAAAAGAAGUUCUGAUGCAAAUAAAGACUCAGCAGGCCAGGACCUUAAGUGUAUUUGCUCGUCAUCAUGUCUUACUGAAUCGUGUCAGUCACCUACACACAAUGCUAAAAAUACUGUAAACAAUUCAGUGGUAAAACGUAGCCCUACAAAAUGCAACCACUCAAACACUAACCUUGCCUUAAUGUCCUCACAGAAUAAGAGUGCCAAGGCUCAUGCAAUCUUGAAUUCAGGACCUCCAAUACUAACUGAGUUUCAGUCUCAGGUUCUUUGGGCCUUUAUUGAGUCACGAAAUGAGGCUGAUACAGCUAUUCCACCAAGAGAGGACUGUGAAGCCCUUGGUAGGGAGGUAGGGCUAACUGAAGAUGAGGUACGAAGAUGGCUGGUCGAUGCCCGCCGUGCCAAAGAAAGACAUAGUUUAGAAGGAAUGGAGCAUGAUGAAAUGGAAGGAAGCAUAGAAGAUGAUGAAGGUGCUCUAAUGAUAGAUGAAACGGAAUAUGGACAGAGUCCAUCAGCUGCCAGUAGUCAUGCAAUGGACCUUUCUAACAGUUCUGAGAAGCGCAAAGAAAGCGUAUAUAGCCAAAACCAAGGGGACUUGUGCUUAACCUCUGACUCAGAAAAUGAAGAAUUCUACACUUCUGUUAUUGUGACUGAUGAAGAGAGCCAAAGUAGUUCAGUGAAAGAAGAGCCAAGUAGCCCAGUUAAACAGCCUUCACAAAUGGAAAUAUCAGUGGAAAGGUCUAGUGGUGGAGGAAAGGUUCUCCGAUCCACUACAGUCUUCCUUUCAGAUGCAGAGGAUGAAGAUGAAGAUCAGGGUGCAAAAACUAAAAAGAGAAAGAGGGAGAUAGAAAAGGAGGAAUCAGAAUGCAAAAAGGAGAGGCAUGAUUCUGAUCUUGAUCUUCAGUUAGAAGCACAAGCUGAUCCUCCUAAUCCUCUUUCAGUUACAGUUGACCAAGGUCUUUCAGCUGGAAUCUUGCAUCCCUUGCCUCUUUCCCUUUCAUUGGCCCCAUUUUCUACUUCGUUAUUCAGUCCCUAUGUCCUCUCAGUUCCAUCGUCUGUUGUUGGAGUUGGUGUUUCUGAAGCAGACCGAGCCAAAGUAGCAGCCUUCACAACUCCCCCAACUAUUACUCGCACUCAAGCUCCUUUUUCUGACUCACUUCAUGGAGCAGCCAUUGGUUCUCUUGCUCAGUCCACCUCGUUCAUAUCCAAUGGCAGUGAAUGUGAGUCUGCCUUAGAUCUCAGUAUAGGGAAAAAUCAAAGUUCAGCAACCACCGCCUCUUUCUCAGCAAACAGCAAGGUAUCCAUACAGAAGACUGCUUUGCUCGAUGGUCUUGGAUUACGGCCUACAACUGUUGGCGUCCCUGCAGAUGGGAGUCUUAUUGUUGUGCAGGUUAAGCCUGACCCUUCCAUUACAAUGCCAAACUCCAACACUACCAUUGGUAACAACAAUUGCUUGGCAAAGACAAGCACAGUGUUCAUGAGGGCUGCAGAGAAAGUAACUGCCUCCUUAAAAGAGAGUGAACAAGAAAAGUCAAGAGACCAAAAGAGAACAAAUGCAAGAAGGUUCAGGGACAUGAGAAGGUCCAGGACUAUCAUUCAGGCUGACCAGCUGGAUGUACUUUAUGGAUGUUAUUUUAAAGACCCAAACCCAGGAAAGCAUGAAUUUGAACAAAUAUCAGAGUGGGUGCACCUGCCAAAGAAGGUGGUACAGAUUUGGUUUCAGAACAUGAGGGCUAGAGAGCGUAAAGGGGAAGUUCGUUUUAUCAGCGAUGGCACGUUGGCAGCUGUCGGAAAGCCACUUAUAAAGUUUACUUGGCCACUAACUAAGCCCAUAUUUUCAAGUACCCCCAAAUCCAACUCAAGCCCAACAACUCCUGGCUGGGUCCCACCUAAGCCACAAACUGGCAGUGAUGCCCUUAAGACUGAAAAGCUUAUGGAGGUCAAAGAACAACAGAAAAUUCCUAUACAAGGUCUGAGCAGGCCAAAGGAUGUGGCAUCAACUACCACUACCAACAGUACAUCAACCCUCAAGACAAAAGGUGAGGUAGUAAAUGCAUUUACAAUGGUAAAAAUCGCCCCCAAAGCUGUCGCUCCACUAGUUACAGUUCCAAUACUGAGCAGUAGCACUGCCAUUCCCCAAAACCCUCAGAACCCCAAGCUGGAGGGACAGAGUGAAGCAGACAGGACAGAGGAGAAGGAUGGACAAGAUCAAGAAAAACCCAUCCCUGGGACAACAAACCGCAUGGUUCCAAAAGUGUCCACUACCCCAAUUAACAAAUCUCCAACUGUGGCAACUCAGAAACACAAUGGCAUUAAUUAUUGGUCGCAAAAGGGUCAAAUUAAGAUCAAUACUUUGUCCAGGGAACAGCUGGGCCUGAGCUCCCCACGCCCUAUUAUCACUGCAACUCCAUCCAUGACUGUUACUUCCCCACCAUCCAGUCAAAACCAAAAAGAAGCCAAUUACCUUCAGCAGCACUCCACCCCGAGAAGACCACGAACACACUUGAACUGUCUGCAGCUGUCCAUCCUCCAGUCUUGCUAUGAGACCUGUGCCCAUCCUAAUGCAUUAGAGUGUGAAGCAGUUGGGACAGAGCUUGGUCUUCCACUUAAAGUGGUGCAGAUCUGGUUCCAAAAUACACGUGCCAAGGAGAAGCGUUGGAGGCUACAGCAAGAGAAGUUGUCUCCUAAUUCCAGUGACCCUUCCAAGAAGGUGGACAUCAGCUCAGGCACUUACCUACAGUACAACGCGCUCAGAGCAAACCGUCCAAUUUUGCCCAAACCUGUACAACUGACAGUUCUGGAAAGUUCUCAGUCAUCUGUCGGGGGUCAACAAGCAGCUCGUGAAACACUAAGAGGGAAAUGCGAAGUGUGUAACGUAGAAUUCGAGUCCAGAGCCGCUGCACGAGACCACGUUUUCUCUCCUCGGCAUCUUGCAACACUGAGAACCACUAACUUUGGUCAGUCUGCAACGCAAAUUAACAAUGGAUCGGCCGGUGUGAUGAGCCAGGCUUCUACAAGAUCACCAGCUGGCGGCACUAGCUAAGAAAUGAACUUAAGCUGCUUCGUUAAGUGGACCCAUUAGGCUCUCUUAUGCUUUUAAUCGGCAAAGAAAAGGUGCUCGUUUUUAAAGCUAACGCUCUUUUAAUUCUGCACCAAUCACAGUGGGCCUGAAGAACUGUCCUCUUUUGGAUGUCAGCGAGAUUUGAUUCUAAACAGAACUUCUUUCAAUGACUUGUUGCCACAUCAUUUCACUAAUAAUCAAAUGAGUUGGUUGUACUGGACAUGCAAUUGCUUAUGUUGUAACGGUCUUGUUUUAUGUCUUUCACUGCUUUGUCUCUGUUUUUAAACAUCUGUUUCUUUUAUGCUUGUUUAUUAUCCUUUCUUGCUAAUUCAAAACACUUUGGCUGUGUCUAGCAAUGGACAACCUGAAACUCAUCAAAAGUUAUUCAAUGAGUACGUACAUGGUACUGCUUUUGCUUGAGCCAGAAUGGUGUUCUGCAUCAGAGUUUUAAUUCAGAGUUCUUAUAUUUGAAUCAAAUUUUAUUUGAUUUUUAAAAUGUCAUUGGGAGGUUUUUUUUUUUUUGGUUUGUUUUUUUUUUAUUAAACAAAGUGAAUAAGAUCAUGGAUGUAUCAAAAAUGUACAAAUAGCUAAUGGGAAGUAAAUAUGGUAGGCAAGUGCUGAUACUGAAAUGUCAUAUGACAAAUGCUUAUCAUAAUUUACAGUAUCAUAAGAUAGAAUCAGAAACAUGCUUUUGGAUAUUUUAGGCUUUUAUAGAAUUCUAGUGAACAGAAUUAUGGGGUACAUGCAAUGCCGCUACAGAUUUGGCCAGAAUAAGGGCCCUUAUUAGACAGCUGUCUUUGUUGCCUUCAGUGUGAGACAGUUUAUCUUGGGGACAAAAGUGCUGCCUGAGCAGGUAUCCUUCUUUCAAAUGAAAGGCAAUGGGUGAUAUAUUAAACGUCCAUAAUAAUAUUGCGAUAUAUUGUAAAAAUUAAUUAUUGGCACAUACAAAUAAGAGUAUAUUUCGUGUUUGUUUUUUUGUUUUUUUUUUUAACUGAGGGACUUGGCGAGUGUGCCGAAUCCUGACACUCUAGGAGGCUGUUAAUGAAAUGACAGCCCCUCUGCUUGCCAUCAUGACAAUCAUACAUUUUCAAACUCCACUGGCUAAAUCUACACAUGUCAAAUGGUUGUCAUGCAGCACUUUUUCUUCAUUUAAAGGUCUGAAAUAUUUUAAGGUUUCCAUACUGCUUGGAAUAAAUGUUUGUAUUAUAGGAUUUACUGUAUGUCAGAUUUUACUGAAGUGUUGCCAGCUUUCGCUGUAUUUUAUUAACACUUGGACAGGAAAGGAUCAGACCUAGCAGCUGUGCAAAAAGCCAAAGUUAAUUCUAUAUGCUAGCGCGAUUUUAAAGGAUUUUGAUAUAAAUUUGUGAAACAACAAAAAUUAUAUGAAUUGUAUUUCUCCACUUUAUUACUAUUUUUUCCCUCUUCAGUUUGUCAUAACCCUAAUGAAUUACAAAUAAUCACUGCUUGCACCAGGUUUUUAUGGGAGAGAAGUCAUUUUAUACCCUUUUCCUCAUUGUGUUUUAUGUGGAUGCAAACUGAGUACUGCUGGGUUGGAACUUUUUUCCAAUGUGUGUCCAGCAUGACCACGAGGUACUUUCUGUGGUUUUUGACAAGUUUGUCUAUUUGUUCAUACAGAUACUACUCAGUGUGAUGUGUAAGUUUGAAGGAAAUGAAAUACUAAAGAGAACUGUCAUUUCAUUUUUUUUUUUUAAGUUGUAUAUUGUUAUUAAUGUUACUAUUAAUAGUUUAACAAGAUGCAAAACUGAAAGGUAACUUUUUAAAAGGAACUCUAUUAUGAAAAUGGUAUUCCAAAGUUAAUCAUCUUUCUCUUGCUUUCUGUCAAAAAAAAAACAAAAAAACAAAAAAAAAUAACAAACAAAAACAAAAAACCAAAAAGCAUUUUCAGAGAGAGAGUGAGUUUUGUAAUGGAUUUCUCAGACCUUGACACUUUGAGCAAGUCCAGGAAGGUCUUUGAUACAUUAAUGCUGAAAGUGUGUGUGUUUCAGCCAAAACAAUGUGGAGCACUUGGAUGUGUGAUGAUUCAGAAGCGUGUGGCGUUUUCUAACACACCUCCGUUAUUUUUUAAACACUCUGUGUUAAGCUGUAGCUCGUGUUCACUGAGCAUGAACUGAACGCAGUGCUAAACAAUGGGAUCACACAGUGUUGCACUGUUCGAAGUUGAGAGGAGGUGCCGAGACCUGCUUUUUGACUGAUUUUAAAUUUUUUUUUUUCCAUUAACACUUUAUCACUUGUUAUAACUACUACCUGCUAAUUUUUUUCAUUACUAUUAUCACAGUUUGAUUAUUAUUAAUUCAUUACGGUUUUAAUAGCAUCUUUAUCUUCAUUGAGAUGGUCUUGGUAAACUGCGAACUGAUGGUGAAAGUGUUGUUAAGAAAUAUUAGAAUAUUGUUUAAGCUUGUUUUUCCCCCUAUACUUGUACGUUCAUUUUGUGUUGAAUCUCCUUUUUCUUAUACAGAAAAAUAAACUGAACUUCACUUA